ACAGGUGUGUGGCUACCCGAUCAGCAUUUUUUUCAUUGUUGUGAAUGAGUUCUGCGAGAGGUUCUCCUACUAUGGCAUGCGCGCUGUCCUGGUGCUGUACUUCAAGUACUUCUUGCGCUGGGAUGAUGACAUGGCCACCUCCAUCUACCACACUUUUGUGGCUCUGUGCUACCUGACCCCUAUUCUCGGGGCCAUCGUGGCUGACUCCUGGCUGGGAAAGUUUAAGACUAUCGUCUACUUGUCCAUUGUCUAUGCAAUCGGCCAGGUUGCAAUGGCUGUCAGUGCAAUCCAUGACAUCACUGACUCGGACAGAGAUGGCACACCAGACAACAUAACCCUUCAUGUUGUGUUGUCCAUGGUGGGGCUCUUUCUCAUCGCUCUGGGCACCGGUGGCAUCAAACCUUGUGUGGCUGCCUUUGGUGGAGACCAAUUUAAUGAUGACCAGGAAAGCCAGAGGAGAACUUUCUUCUCUGUAUUCUACCUGUGCAUCAAUGGUGGCAGUCUCCUGUCAACUAUUAUCACUCCUAUCCUGAGAGCUCAGCAGUGUGGCAUCUACAGUCAGCAGAACUGUUAUCCUCUGGCCUUCGGUGUCCCUGCAGCACUAAUGUUGGUUGCACUUGUGGUGUUCAUCGUUGGGAGUGGUAUGUACUAUAAAGCUGAGCCACAAGGGAAUAUCAUGAUGGAUGUGUGCAAAUGCAUCGGGUUUGCCAUUAAAAACCGCUUCAGGCACAGAAGUGAUCAAUACCCAAAGAGGCAGCACUGGAUGGACUGGGCAGAAGAAAAAUACGACAAACUCCUCAUUGCUCAGAUCAAAAUGGUGCUGAAGGUCCUCUUUUUAUACAUCCCACUUCCGAUGUUCUGGACCCUAUUUGAUCAAAAGGGUUCUAGAUGGACUCUGCAGGCCACCAACUUGGAUGGGAACUUUGGACUACUUGUUAUACAGCCUGAUCAGAUGCAAACUGUCAACCCCAUCCUGAUCCUGACUCUGGUGCCUAUCAUGGACAGCCUCAUCUACCCUCUGAUCAAAAAAUGUGGCCUGAACUUUACACCUCUGAAAAGAAUGACAGUGGGGAUGCUUCUGGCAGCUACGGCUUUUGUCUGCGCCGCAGUGGUUCAGAUUCAAAUUGAUAACACACUGCCUGUCUUCCCAUCAGCCUCACAGAGUCAGUUGAAAUUACUUAACAUGGGCAGUAAACAAGUGACAGUUAAACUGCCCAACAAUGAUCAAAUGGAACUUCUUGAUGCUCAGUUCAGUGAUAAUUUCUUCACGUUUGAAGCAGAACAAAUCAGCGUCUCAAUCAGUCAGUUAGGCGGUCCUGAAAUGACGAGAUCUAUUUCCUUGACCAAAGGAAAGCGGCAAACGCUUCUCAUUCCUUCAAACAUCAAUAAGGAAUGGGUGAUGACCGAGGAUUUGACUGCUAAGCCAGAGGAAGGCUACAAUGCAGUCCGAUUUGUAAAUGGUAUGACUACAGCAGUGAACGUAUCAAUUCCUGGAGAAGAUGUAGAAUUAAUUGAGCCAUUUCAUUAUUCCAACUACUCCCUGAUAAAAUAUGGAAAGGCUACCUUCACCAUAAGGAGUGGUUCACGGUCCUGCGAGUACAGCAGGGAGUUUGGAUUUGGAAGUUCAUAUAAUUUCUUUAUCCCCGACAUUGGACCAAGUUGUCAGGACGAUAUUACAUUUGCAGAAGACAUCAAGCCCAACUCGGUUCACAUGGCCCUCCAGAUCCCACAGUACUUCUUCAUAACUGCUGGCGAAGUGAUGUUUUCCGUUACUGGUCUGGAGUUCUCUUAUUCGCAGGCACCUAGUAACAUGAAAUCAGUGCUGCAAGCAGGCUGGUUGCUCACCGUUGCUGUUGGCAACUUCAUCGUUCUGAUUGUGGCUGAGCUCGCAAAACUUCCCAAACAGUGGGCAGAGUACGUUCUCUUCGCCUCCCUCUUGGUGGCUGUGUGUAUCAUCUUCUCCAUCAUGGCGUAUUUCUACACCUACAUCGACCCCACUGAAAUUGAGGCCCAGUUCAAGAAGAAGAUUGAUGAAGAUGAUGAGGAUGAUAGAAGCCAAAUAGAGAAGUCGGAGAUUGAGAUGGUCAAGAAAGACUCGAUUAAAUGUCAUGAUGAAGAUGAUGCAGCCAAACAAACCAAAAUGUGAAGUCUCAAACGCAGAUUAGAUGUCAAUAAUUGGUUUAUAUCUUCUAUCUUAUUCUAAACCUUAACAUUGAGACAUGAAGUAGAAUGUACAGUAAAUCUACCAGUAUUGCCUAUUUGUGUGCACGCAUGUCUGUGUGUGUGUGUGUGUGUGUGUGUGUGUGUGUGUGUGUUUGUGUGU